AUGCGGAUAUCAAAUGGAAAAGAUUUCCAGUCAGAAGGAAAAGCCAGUUCUAAAAUCUACUGUACUAGGUUUCAAAUAUUUUCUCCAGAAACAGAAGAUCCAAAAACACUGGCAGAAUUCCUUAGUAUGGUUAUACUGGUUAAUACAAGGGCUGAGUUGCUGGGCGGAUUAGAAAAGGCUUCGUUAGAGAAAAUAAGUCCCUUAACAUCUUGGGCACAAAACUCCUUCACAGACCCACCUGGGAAGCCAGGCAGCACAGAGGAGGAAGCAGCUUCCUGUUUCUACGAGAGGGGGCAGCGCGCCGCCUGGCCUCACGCCACCUGGCCUCACGCCACCUCUCACCACGCGCGGGCGAACUUCCUCCUGCCGCCGCUUACGCAGAAUCACGUGACAACUUGCCCCACAUCCUCUCCCCCUAACCGCGUCCAGCGGCCGAUUCGCUCCCGUCGCCGCUUGCGCGGGGUCACGGCACCAACACCUACCUGGUGGGGACCGGCCCCAGACAUCGCAUAUUGCAUUAAAAAACUUCCACGUAAUCCUCACAAAGAAGAAAUUAUAGGCAAUGGAGAACAACAGUAUGUUUAUCUGAAAGACGGAGAUUUGAUUGAGACUGAGGGAGCCACUCUAAGAGUUAUCUACACGCCUGGCCACACUGAUGACCACAUGGCUCUUCUUUUGGAAGAGGAAAAUGCUCUCUUUUCUGGAGAUUGCAUCCUAGGGGAAGGAACAACUGUAUUUGAAGACCUUUAUGAUUAUAUGAACUCCCUAAAAGAGUUACUGAAAAUCAAAGCUAAUGUUAUAUAUCCAGGACAUGGCCCAGUAAUCUAUAAUGCUGAAGCUAAAAUUCUGCAAUACAUUUCUCACAGAAAUAUCCGAGAACAGCAACUUCUGGCAAUAUUUCGUGAGAACUUUGAAAAAUCAUUUACAGUCACAGAGCUUGUAAAAAUUGUGUACAAGGGUAUUCCUGAGAAUUUGCAUAACAUGGCUAAAAAUAAUGUCUCACUUCAUUUGAAAAAAUUAGAAAAAGAAGGAAAAAUAUUUAGCAACAAGGAUCCUGACAAGAAAUGGAAAGCUCAUCUUUAGUUUCAGACUAAUGAAAACUUUGUUUUGGGUUUUUUUAAGAGUAGGUUUCUUAGUUUUAAUUUUUUUUUUUUUACAGAGAAUAGUGUUUUUCCUUAAAUACGGAUUAUUUACAGAGAAUAUAGAGUGUAGAUCAUAACCCUAGAUGUUCUUUAAAAUAAUAUCAUACUUAUUCCAAAUAUGUAAAUUACAUUAUACAUCUAUAAUAGAGAUUAUUUAUAUAAGCUUGAUCUUAAAAGAUUUUACCAAAAAUUGAGAAUCUAACAGUUUUAUCAAUUUUCAAUAGAUUAACUAAAAUGGUUACUUUAAAAAUAACAAAUUUGUAUACAUUAAACCGUGUAUUAUUCUUGGAGAUUGUCUGUUACCAGUGGUCAGUAUUGCUGCUUCAGUUAACAGCACAGAUUGCUAUGUCACCUUUCCUUUCCCUCGACGUUUGUCUGUAUCUAUAGAUACCAGCUUUAUUUUCAUGUUUCUACCAGUUAUACGCUUGAUUAGGUAUUAGUUCUGUAACUGUAUAAUAUAGUGUAUUUUCUUAUAACGAUAUGCCAGCAGUGAUACGACUCAACGUUCGGUAAUUGAAAAAUAUUGAAUUUCCAAUAAAAGACAUUAUGAUGAACAAUUAUUUUUGUAAUCCAUCAGUACACCAACUUAUUUCCCAAGUUUAGGUUUUAGUAUAUAAUUGUAAAACAUAGCAUUUUUAAUCUGAGUAAUGUUCUUAAAUAGUGGUUAGGUUCUUAGCGUAGCCCCCCAAGGCUUAUUUAAUCCAUACAGUUGCCAAACUGUAAUACUAGAACUAGCUCAGAAUCAUGAGAGUGCUCUUCCGUAAAAGUAAGACUUAAAAAUUUUAAAAACUUUCUUUGAUAUCCUCACCUCUUUUUGCCCUUUUUCCCAAGAUCCCUAGCAAUUUCAUACCAUUUUAAACUCUUACCCUAUGCCCUGCAGACUUGUUGUUGUCCCUAAACUGUUCUGUAUUAUGAAAUAACUGUAAAUAUCCUCCCCAAUACCACCACCAAAAAAAGAGAAAAGUCAGCCUAUUCCCUCAAUAAAGUACAUAUCAGCAAAAUUUAAACAAGAAAUCUUAAUAUAUAAAUGCUUCUCUUCCAGUCUUUCCUAUCUCUGUGAAUGAGAACACCAUUCAGUUGGUCAAACCAGAAAACCAAGUAGUCAUUUUUUAUAUACCUGCUUCAUCUCAUAUUCAGUUCUUCACCAAGUGCUUACUGCCUGUUCCACGUCCAGAAUUUAUCAUUACUUCUAACUCCACGAGUACUCCUUAGUCCAGGCUGUCGUCUUCUCUUGCCUGGGCCUCUACAGUAACCUUUAGUUUCCCUGCUCCAUAUCUUGGAGGGAGUUAAGAGGAUAGGGAUGAGAAGGGCAUUCUGAGCUGAGGAAAUCUCUCAUGCACAAACCCAUGGAGUCAUUGACUUUUUAAAGUACCAUGGCAGACUUCAGCUACUGCAGGCUGCAAGUGGAUUUAUUAGAAGAUGGGUGAUAAUGGAAGGCUAUUGAAAGAGUCUAGGCAAGUGAGAGCUUUAAUAAAAGCAGUGACAUUAAGCGUAUGUGUGUGCUAGGGCUGUGACAGGUACUGGGGAGGCAAAGGUGAACAAAAGCAUCUCAGAAGAAGCUCGUAGUCUAGUUGUGGAGACACAAUUAAUUACAUUAUACAGUACCACUAAGUCCAUUUGGAGUAAAGGAAGCACAUCUCACCUGGCUGAGAUCUAGAAAGCUGCCGAGAAGAGCCUGAGCACAGUCUUCAGCUAAGUGGCAGCCAGGAGAAGUUAGGAGUAUUUGUCUGGGAGAUGAGAGGGGUGGUUCUACUGGAGGAGAUAACGUAUGCACGUAAACAGAGGUAUAGUAGCGCAUCACGUGGCAGGGGAACUACAAGAAAUGUUACAUGACCACAGUAUGGUGUUAGUGGGUUGAGCUCAUAGGGAGAGUCUCAGUGGAACACAGAUACCUCAUAGGAAAAAAUGAAUAGUUAUUCAGCCAUGCUUCACACAGGCUGGAGUAUCUAUAACUCAGGAAUUGGACAGCAGAUCAUGUUCCAAGGCAGUUCUAGUGUUAUUUUGUUGCCUCCUGAACAGCAAGAGUUUGUCCCCCACCAUUAUGGUGAUUUCAUUCCUCUUUUUGUUUGUCAUUCCAGCCCGUUACUUCACCCAGGGAUUUGAUUAUUCAUAGCUUCUGCUUACUCAUUUUCUGUCUACUCAGGAGUUUCUGUAGUCUCGUCAUCACCUCUGCCCUCUCUGUAUAUCUUCAGCUUCUGUUUUGCAACCAACUGAGUAGCUGUCUUUGUGUCUCAGAUUCAGAACUCACAGAAGAGGGCCUGAUUGGUGUAAUUAAUUGUCACUGUCUGUUUGAGUACACUUUCCUGCCAUAUUGUCUUGUAUACUGACCAGCCUUUCUGGUGACUGCUCUGGACCAAUCAUCAAGGACUAGAAGGAUCAUGGGGAACUGUAUCAGAAGGGAACGCCAUUCAACAGAGGCACUGGGCAGGGUAAGCACUCUGAGAUCUGGCCUUUUCAGUACAAUGGGCGAGAAAUGGGGUACAGGGAGAAGGAGGCUCAAAGGUAUUAAGAAGAAGGAGUAACAGAUAAGAGAAAUAAAAAGAGUAACAGGACUUAGACACCUAUUAGAUCUUAAGGGAUAGAGAUCAGGUAAAGAAGUCUAGAAGAGCUAUAGAUUUCUAGCUUGGGCAGCUGAGUAGAUGUUGACUUGAUAACCAGUAUGAGGGAAUACAAGAAAUGGGACAGGUAGAUGGGGAAGGGAGGAAAGAUACAUCGUACUCUGCAUAUGAGUUUGAGGUACUAGGGGACAUCCAGGGAGAGCUGUCUAGUAGGCACUUAGAUAUAUGGGACUGGAGCAGAAUAGAUAGGACGUAUUUUGUUGCAGAUGACAAAAACUAGCUUAAGUGAAAGAGGAAAUUAGUUGGUGCACAUACCUAACCUGAGAAGGAUGAGGGUAGAGGUGGGCUUGUGAGCAAGAACAGGGCUUUGGAUCCCGUCAGUAUAACCCUCAACCUCUUACCUCUAUUUCUUUCUGAGGGUCAGAGAUCCCCACAGUAGAUUGGCUUCUUCCAGUUCCAGUUUGAAAAAUCCUAGAGGAAGGACUCUGAGUGGUUUGCACUGGCACAUUACACAAUCCUUAGAACAGUCUUGUAGCAAGGAAACAGGAGGAACUGUAUUCGGCCCAGCUUUGGUCACCUGCCUGCCUACCCCUAUGGCUGGAGUAGGUGAGGUCUGCUCCCAAAAGAGAAGUGUUACAGGAAGAUUCUGGAACGAUACUGUUCGCUUACUGAAUAGGUUUCCCCUCCUCCCUCCGCUCAGUGUCUGUAAAAUGUAUAAUAAAUAAAUCAGAGCCCUCUGUGGUAACUCACAGAAUGUUUGAGCCUACUCUGCAACCUUAACCUAUUCUGUGGGUUUCUGUAAAAAAAUUUUUGAGUAUUUUUCAGUUAUUUGGGAGUAUUUACAUAUCUCCUGAUUGUCACUUCAAGAAAAAGUUAGUGAAGUUAGCUAGUAACAGGGAAACGGAAAUGAGAGAAGACUUAAGUGCAGGUGUUUUAAUUCUGCCAGCACUGUCAAUCAGUGUUGCUUCCCUCGCAGAUUUGUCUGUGCUUUCCAGAGCAACACAUCCCGAGUUUGGACGUGAUGGGGGGCUUGGGGGCUUGGAAUCGCUUAGAAGGGAACUUGAAUCAAAAUGACACUGGCUUUUUCAGUAUAACAAUGAGUAUUAGAACAUAAUGCCUUAAAAAAUCCAAGGAGGAAAUUAUUUACAUCUUCGAGAUUUAUAUCCAACAAGAUUUACAUCCAACGAGAUGAAUUGACACAGUAGCUGCAACAAGGGCCUCAAACAUAACUGUGGUGAGGAUGGCGCAGGACCAGGCAGUGUUUCAUUCUGUUGUACAUAGGGUCACUAUGAGUCGGAACCUACUCAAUGGCACCUCACAACAACAACAGAUUUUUAACCAACUAAACGAUCCAUUGUGUGAAUAUAAGGACUCCAAAAGUGUACCCUUCUUAGGGAAUUGCUGGAUGCUGUGUUCCAGAAAAACAGGAAAGAGGAAAGCACAAGAUCAAAAUAGUACAUUUAAAACCAAAAUGUCAGAAGAAAGUUUUAGAACAAAUAUGUGCCCAAAGCUGCCUCCAUAUUGGAGCAGAAGGAAGGGGGGAUUUUAGGGAGCAAAAUGGAAUUAAUACAUUAUCUGAUAAAUUUGAGCAUUUGGGGGGGAAAACCAUUAGUAGUCAUACAACAACUUUAGUUAAGCAAUUGAAACAACUAAAAAUCAGUUCAUAGAAAACUAUGCUGAUGAAAAAAAAUGAAGCAAUCAUUGAUUCCAAUAAACAGAAGUUGUGCAAGGAAGGAAAUGAAAUACUAUCUGCCUCUGCAUUUUUACAUAGGCAAUAAUGUAAAUACUGACUAAAAAUUAUGUUUGAAAUAUAAUAGGAUAAUAAGUGAAAGGAAGUGGAAAGUUAGGAAUGCUAAACCUUUCCUAACAUGAUAACAGAAAGUCAAGAAAGACUAAAAUUGAUAACUCAUGAAGUAGAAGUAUAAACGUUUUAUUGGUGAAUACCUGUGAUGGUUAAUGUUAGUAUCAAGUUGGCUAGGCCAUGAUUCCCAGUAUUGUAUAAUUGUCUUCUAUCUUUGUGAUCUGAUGUAGUUGUCUUCCAUUUUGUGGUAUUGUGUAACGAUGUGUUAUAAAUCCUAAACCUCUAUGUGUUAAUGAGGCAGGAUUAGUGUGGGGUGCAUCUUGAGUCACGCCCUUACUAAAGCCUUGAGGGUGUGGCCUGCAUCCAGUAUAUAUGAAUGGUCUGGCA